AGAGACAGAGGAGGAUUCUGUGCGUUCCUACUUUGCCCGCUACGGCCCUGUCUCCGACUGCGUCAUCAUGCGCGACCGUCUCACGGGCCAUCCGCGCGGCUUCGGCUUUGUCACGUACGACGACCAGCUGGUCGCGGAGCGCGUGGCCACCGAGUUCCACGAGCUGGACGGCCGCCAAGUCGAGGCCAAGAUCGCCGUCCCGCGCUCGGAGUGCGUCCCGGCCCUUCGCACCAACGCCUGGCGCGCCACCAAGAAGGUCUUCGUCGGCGGCCUGCCGGCCACCUGCCGUGAGGCCGAGCUGCUCGCACACUUCAAGCGCUUCGGCGACGUUGCCGAAUGCCAGGUCAUGUACGAUCACCAGACUGGCAACUCACGCGGCUUCGGCUUCGUUACCUUCACCAGCGAGGCCACCGUCGAUACCGUCGUCGAUCUCGAUCAGCAUGAGAUCCUGGCAAAGCACGUCGAGGUCAAACGCGCGGAGCCCAAGCAAGCUCUGGAAGCCCGCCGCGGACGCGAGGCCGCCGCCGCCGCUGCCGUCGCUGCGGCCCACCAACAGCAACAUCAGCACCACCAUCAGCAGCAACAACAACAACACCACCCCGCCGCCGUCGCAAAGCACCACACUCAAUCCGUCACCGCUCACGCCCCGUACGCAGCCGUUGCCGCAACCAAUUCCGCCGCCUCCGUCCCCGCCAUCCCGUCACCCCCGUCCGCCUCGCAUUCCACUCCCGCUGCGCAAAGCCCCUUCCCGGGCUUCGGCCCCUGGUCAAGCCUCUUCUCAUCGGCUCCCGGCGCAUCAUCAGGCUCGUCGUGGAGCGCCCUCGUUGCCGCGGAGCGCGCCAGCCUCAACGCUGCACCCGGUCCGUCACUCCCUGUGAGCAGCCCCAAUAGUAACGCUACGUCCACGUCGGUGCCCGCGGGGGGCUCAUCACUGCGCUCCCCAUCGAACAGCGGCAUGGGCUUUUUCACCCCGGCCCAACCGUACACCCCGGACCUUGCGCAAUGUGUUUACAACGCGUAUUACGGGUCGUCGACAACGCCGGAGGGUUUUGAGAUCGGCGCACAUGCACAGGGCUUGCCAAGCGCAAGAGCAGAGCGGAGAUUUCACCCGUAUCCGACCAGGGAACGCGUAGACAGAAGUUAUCGUUAG